GGCACAAAAGCAAACCCCAGGACCUACCAGUCCGCAGUUCUCCCGGGAGCUGCGGGACACCUCCAGCUGCCCAUGUGCUGGGAUGGAGCCGUGAGAGAAACUCAGCUGAGGAGCAGCCAGCCCUGGUGGUGAUGAGGAAGGUAACAAGCCCAAUGAGAAGCUUUGCUCUUCCACCUGUUGCUUUGCAAGCAAAGUGAUUUCUUGCUCCUGGCUCCAACCAAGACCCGAGCAAGGACGUCCCAUGAGCAUUAUGAGGACCUCUGCAGCCAGCUUUGCUGUUCAGGUCUCCAUGGCAAGGAUCCCAGGUCCCACAGCUCUGGCCAUUCUCCUCACCUGCCUCUUCUCAGGGGCACAAACCCAGACCCCAAGAGCUUUCCAGGAGAGCACCAUCCCCCUUCAAGUGCUUAACCAGGAGCAGGCUUACAGCCUGGUCCAGCCAAGCCUGUUCCAGGAUGCCAAGAUGCCCAACCACUCCGAGAACCUCCCCAGGAGCACCAGCCCUGAGCCACCCCUGCUGCCUGUGUGUGCCAAGCCUGCAGAUAUCAGACACAUCUUCAAGUACAUCAACACCAUCGUGUCCUGCACCAUCUUCGUAGUGGGGAUCAUUGGCAACUCCACGCUCCUGAGGAUCAUUUACAAGAACAAGUGCAUGAGGAAUGGGCCAAACGUCCUCAUUGCCAGCUUGGCACUUGGAGACCUUCUCUACAUCCUCAUUGCCCUGCCCAUCAAUGUCUACAAGCUCCUGGCAAAGGACUGGCCCUUCGGUGUCCAGAUCUGCAAGCUGGUCCCCUUCAUCCAGAAGGCUUCAGUGGGCAUCACUGUGCUCAGCCUUUGUGCUCUCAGCAUUGACAGGUACCGAGCGGUGGCAUCCUGGAGUCGGAUCCAGGGGAUCGGAAUCCCCAUGUGGAAGGCGGUGGAGGUGAUGCUGAUCUGGGUGGUGGCCAUUGUCCUUGCAGUCCCUGAAGCCAUUGCCUUUGACAUGGUGGAGCUCAGCUACUGGGAACAACACCUGUGGGUGUGCAUGCUGGCCUCUGAGCAGAAAUCCUCCUUCAUGAUGUUCUACCGUGAUGUGAAGGACUGGUGGCUUUUUGGCUUCUAUUUCUGCCUCCCCUUGGUGUGCACUGGCAUCUUCUACACCUUGAUGUCCUGUGAGAUGCUGAGCAAGAGAAAUGGCAUGAGAAUUGCUCUGAACGACCACAUGAAACGGCGUCGGGAGGUGGCCAAGACAGUCUUCUGCCUGGUGGUGAUCUUCGCGCUCUGCUGGCUGCCUCUCCACCUCAGCCGCAUCCUCAAAAAGACCAUCUAUGACCAGACAGACCCCAACAGAUGUGAACUGCUCAGUUUCCUGCUGGUGAUGGAUUACUUUGGGAUCAACAUGGCCUCCCUCAACUCCUGCAUCAACCCUGUGGCGCUCUACUUCGUCAGCCGGAAAUUCAAGAACUGCUUCCAGUCCUGCCUGUGCUGCUGGUGCCAGAGGCCAGCCCUGAGCAUCACACCCACCGACGACAAGGGCUCCGUUGGGAAGUGGAAAGCCAAUGGGCAGGAGCUUGGGCUGGACAGGAGCAGCUCCCGCUUGAGUAACAAGUACAGCUCCUCCUAAAGCUGUGCCACCUGCAGGGACAAGAGGAGCAGACACCGUGCCAGGGAGGCAGGACUCCACUGCUCUCACAUGGACCUUUUCUGGCUGUGCCUGAAUUGGUUUUGCCUUUGUGUCAUGACUCACCUGCAAGGAGCUGCAGCACUUCAUGGUCUCCUAUAGCACCAGCUCUCACCACAGCCUCUGCUCCCUCCUCCACUCCCUGUCACCUCCAGAGGAGGGGGAAAGGAACUCAGAUCCAGGGAGGAUUCCUCAUUUCCCAACAGGAAAACCAAGUGACUCGUGGCCAUUUGUCUUGGGUGGAAACAUGGGGUGGGAAGAUGUGUGUGGAACAGGAAGGAAGGUUAAGAUGUGGUUACUCUGAGCUGGAUGUGGGAUGAGGAGGAGAGGGAAAGGACCAUGAGUGACAGUUCUCAGCUAAAGAGCCAAAGAAAAGCUUUGAUGCCAUCCCUGAUCAUCUCCCUCUCUUGCUGGGACAAUUUAUGCCUGGGCAGAGAGCCAGGGUAAGAUCCAGGCCCAUGUGUGAACAUGGAUAGCAGGAAAUCUCCUCUUGAUGGUAGGGAGAGAUGGGCAGCAACUUGGCAUCAUAGAAUCCCAGACUGGGUUGGGUCGAAGGGAUCUUUAAAGGUCAUCCAGUCCAACCAGGGACAUCUGCAACCAGAGCAGGUUGCUCAGAGCCACAAACAACCUGACCUGCAAUGGUGGCAGGGAUGGGGCAGUUACCACCUCUCUGGGCAACCUGGGCCAGGCUCUCACCAUCCUCAGUGUCAAACAUUUCUUCCUUCAAGGAGAAGAAACUGUUUCUCCUGUCCCAUGUUUAUGUGAUCUGGCAAUGACUUGAGGAAACAGCCUCCAGUUGCCUCAGGGAGGUUUGACAUGAGGAGCAAUUUCUACCCCUUGAGGCCUAUCAAGGUCUGGCCCAGGCUGCCCAGGGCAGUGGUGGAAUCCACAUCCCCAGAAGGGUUUCAGAGGUAUGGAGAUGUGGUGCUGGGGAACACGGUUUAGUGGUGACCUGGCAGUGCUGGGUUAAGGGCUGGACUGGAUGAUCUUGGAGGUCUCCUCCAACCAAAGCCACGAUCCCACGAUCAGGCAGAGGAGCCUUGCUCUGAAGUGCAGGGUUCAGUCGUCUUCUUGGCCUGACUCCUACACACCUCACCCAAGCAGCAACCUGUUGAGAGCCCAAGUCUGUCAGUUUGGGUUGGAAAGAGCCAUUUUCUGGAGAACAUCUGACAUUCUCCAUCCUCCUGUGUGCUCCUCUGUGUGUUAAUAAAGCACGAGGGUGUUUGUAA